AUGAGUAGCGUCUCGCAGUGCAACGCCUGCGGCACCCUCACGACGCUGGCGCAGUGCCCCAAUUGCGACAGCAAAACGCGAGUGCACGCCCCACAGCCGCAGCGGAUAUUCCACGCGCCGCAGCCUUCAACCGCCGCGGGACUCGGCGUGGACAGUUCCACCUCGCCGCCCGCCCCCCGCCGCACGCCGCGGGAGGACACGCAGAAGAUGGCCCUGACGCUGGGGGAGCUCGAGGACCUCUACCGCGCAAACAAAGUGCGGCAGCACGGCGCCCGGGCGGCUGCGGCACCACCCGACGAACUCUGCGCCCUCAGAGUGGAGCGGAACAAUUUGGCGCGCGAACGGGACAUGCUGCAGCAAACGAUCGCGCAGCUCUUUCAACAGCUCGAGGCGGCGCGGAAGGAUAACUUGCGGCCUGCCAGCCUUGACCCACGCCUGCGGCACCACGCCGCGGUGGGACGCAUGAGUGGUCAGGCGACACUCACCACUCUUCAGGACGAAAGCACGGCGCUGCAGCGACAAAACAGCGCCCUCGAAGAGGCCUUGAGAGACGCGCAGGGCUGCGCUGAUGUCUGGCGGGAGAAGAAGCCCGUCCUACGCAACAAGCACCGCAGCGUGGAGGCAGAAUACAUGCCGAUGCGCCACGAGAGCCGUACGCUCCAGCAGGAAUUUGCGGAACUCAUGCAACUCCUCAACGACACUCGAAAAGGCAAGGAACAGGCUGAAGCCGCCUCCUGCGCAACUGAAGAAGCACUUAAACAGGCACAGAAGGAAGCACAAGAUGCACUCCGUCAGCUGGCCGCACAGUCCCGUGAAACGCAAUACUACAAAAAACUCUCCACAGAACUUGAGACAAACCUAAAAGAAAUGGAUCUUAAUAUAUCGGAGGCCAGAAAACAAAUUCAAGAUAUCGACAAGAAUAACACACAACUCAUACCAAAAAACAUGCAACCCCAACACGAUAAUGAAAUCAUAACACAGGAAAUGGAAAACGCUGCGGCGGAGAGCGAUCAGCUGCGGAAGGAACGGGACGACGCUGCGGCGGAGAGGGAGCGGCUGCGGAAGGAACUGGAUGGCGCUGCGGCGGAGAGGGCUGAGCUGCGGAAGGAACGGGACGACGCUGCGGCGGAGAGGGCUGAGCUGCGGAAGGAACUGGAUGGCGCCGCGGCGGAGAGGGCUGAGCUGCGGAAGGAACUGGAUGGCGCUGCGGUGGAGAGCGAUC